AUGGCAGACGCCACAGUGACAGACGUUCAGGCAGUGGGGGAGGAGGAAGAGGAGGAUGAAGAGGAGGAGGAGGAAGAGGAGGAGGAAGAGGAGGAGGAGCAGGAGGAGGAGGAGGAGGAGGAGGAGAAGAAGAAGAAGGAGGAUAGAAGUGGUAGUGGAGGGCGAUUAGAGUUAGUUGACGGCGUAGGAGGCGAGGGAGAGGUGGAUGGAGAGACCACGGUUGGUGCAGUCCGAGUGCUGCAGUUGGUCCGAAGGUAUCCAACAAGUUCAGUUGACACCCGAAUUGUCCGAUGA